ACGAUCAGCCCUCAACAGUGACUGGGGCCCCUGGGCCCAGGGGCCAAGAUGGCAGCACUCCAGGAACCUGUCUCCUAUAAACACGCCGUGUAGAAGUUGGCCCCAGGGCGCCGGUUCCCGUGGAUACACGAUAUAGGUGUUUCUCCCAUGAGGUCGUCGAUGCUGGCCUGGCUCCUCUUCAUCACCUCCCUUCAGGCCAUCCCCGCGGGGGGCUCCUCCUGCCCGGACCACCGUGUCAGGACCUCCUCCUCUUCCUCCUCCUCCUCCUCCUCCUCCUCCUCCGGCGCCGUGCCCGUCGUGGACGCCAAGCUCUUCACUAAGCGCCGCCCCCGCUCGCCGCGCGUCCUCUUCAGCGCCCAGCCCCCGGCCUCCGCCCCGCCCGGCGUGGGCGUGAGGGCGGGGGCCGGGGGGGGGCGUCCCGCGCGCUCCCCGGGCUCCCCGGGGGGCCGGACGCGGCGGGUGGCGCAAGGGACGGGGCCGCACCGCGGCGUGUUCUCGGUGUGCGACAGCAUCAGCGGGUGGGUGGUGAACAAGACGCACGCCACCGACAUCUCGGGCCACGAGGUCACCGUCCUGCCCAACGUCAACGUCAACAGCGUCAACAAGAAGCAGUACUUCUUCGAGACGUCCUGCCUGGGCGGCGGGGGCGGGGGGGCGGCGGGCGCGGCCGGGGGCACGGGCGUGUCCAGCUGCCUGGGCAUCGACGCCCGCCACUGGAACUCCUACUGCACCAACUCACACACGUUCGUGCGGGCGCUGACCACGUACCGCAACCUGGUGGCGUGGAGACACAUACGCAUCAACGUGGCGUGCGAGUGCGUGGUCAGCCGCAAGUCCUGGGCGAAGUCGUGACGGAUGGCGUGCGCGUCAUACACACACACACACACAAACUGUUGACACUAUACUUAAACUUGGUUGCGUCCGUUCCGUUUCUAUGAAACUGACCAAAAGCCAUCACCUCAUUCUCAGCACAAAGGGAGCUAUUUAAUAUUUCACAUCUGACCUAUACCGUCUGACUAUUUUUAACAUUUGACUCGUUUUGGGGGCAUGGAAGGGUCCAUUAUUACCACCUGGGACCCCCAUCGUCCUUCUGGUGCUGCCCUAUGAUUUUCUUGCUGCCACGGAGUAAGCUGAAAAGUAUUUUAGAACAAUUCAAUUUUGUACUAUGUCCGGUUUUAACAUAUAUUUUUCAUGA